CAUGUAGAGUCUAUGCAGAGAUAAACUCCUGUCCUCAAGAACCCGGGAGGGGAUGGGGUGGGGGAUCUGUAAUACGAGAUGGAGAUGAGAGUUAGGUGCAGUUUUCCAUGGGAACACCCCAUCUCUACCUGUGUGGCUUACUUUUCCUGUCUAUAUGUUAGGGUUAGGGGUGGCCAGGGAAGGUUUUACAAUAGCACAUUUGCUCUGGGCCUUGGGAAUUUACCCUUAGAAGGGCAGUCCUGACUGUAUAGAGUGGGUGGAAAAAAAUUGAGUACUUAGCAUGGCAGUGACAUAAGGAAUUUGGGAAGACCAUGGCUUUCUUGAAAGCAGGAACCAAGGCUUUUAUUCCAGAGUUAGCGUUAUGCCUGGAAAAUAAUGAGAUGCUCCACAAAUGUUUAUUGAGUGACAAGUCAGCAAAACCCAGUAAAGAUUAGAUCCUGGGGAAUUUGAAUUUACUUCAACGAGUUUAAUGAAAACUUUUGUGUGUGUUUAUGUGUGUGUUGAAUAUCGUCACAAUUGUGCUUCAGGGAAUAUUAAUCCAGUGACCAUAGAAGCGGGGAGUUGGGCAGGAAUGCCAUAACAGAACAUUGUUGUAACAGUGAAUGAAAAUGACAGUAAAAUAAUAAGAAGGAAAGAAUGGCUGCAAGAGGCGUUUUUAAGAAUUGACAUGACUCACUGAUUGUAUAUAGAGGCUGUUUAAAAGACUGAAUGCAUGGAAGAUGAUGGUGAUGCUAGUAGAAAUGGAGAAAUACAGAGUGAAUGCAGCUUUGAGGGACUCUGAUCUCAGUUUGAGAUCUGUUGAAAUUAUAGUGCAGGAGAGGCCCACAGCUGCUGGCGUUUCAAGAUGUGGGUUUGGAGUGCAAAAAGCAAGCUGGAGCCAAAGAUUUGAGUCUUCUUGGAACAGAGAUAUAUUGAAAGUGUGACUAAGGAGAUCACAAAGGAAAAAACGAGAAGAGGGAAUAAAAGAACUUGAUGCAUGUCUACUGUUUCAGUUAUGUAUUGCUGCAUCAAAAAUAAAACUAAACUUAGUGGCUGAAAACAAGCUCAGCUUAUUGUUCCUCAGGAUUAUGCGGGUUGACUAGGCAGUUCUACUAGUCUCACCUGUAGUUACUAAUAGCGCUGCAUUCAGCUGGUGAAUUAUUUGAGCACUAGGCCUGGCUGGGCUUUAGCUUGGGCAUUUUGGUUCUCAUCCACAUGACCUCUGUAUAGCUAGCUUGGGCUUCCUCACAGCAUGGCAGUCUUAUGGCAGUGAGCCAAGAGCUACAGCAGCACUCUCUCUUACAAUGUCAUUUCUUCUGUAUUCCAUUGGUCAAAGCAAGUCAUAGGCCAGAACAGAUUCAAGGGAAGGAAAAAUAGACUCCACCCCUUGAUGAGAACUGUUAGGUAACAUGGGGUACCUUAAAAUGGCGCCGUACCUUAAGAUGGGGCCGGUUCCGGGUUCUUCUCCCCUCCUUGACCGGGCACUGUCUGAACCUGCCAAAGGAGGGCCAAUCAGAAAGAAGCAUCUCCCCCCUUCCCUUGGGCCCGCCCCACGUAGGCCCAAGGGAUAUAAAACCCAGCACACCAGCAGCUCUCUCUCUCUCUUCUCUUCUCUUCUCUCUCUCCCCCGUGCGACCUGACCUCUACCUCUCCAAUAAAGAUCUCUUGGCUGCCACCGGUGUCGUCUCUGACCAGCCUGUCGCCCUUCAAGAACAGUGGCAAAAUCACCUACAUUUAAAAUGGAAUAUUCAAUGAGAGUUACACAGAUAUAGAUGACCUUUGAGACUGUAUUAUUUGUCCAUGAAGGCAGCCAUCUGCCUCCUUAAUGGGUAAAAUUAUCCCUUCUCCCCAGCUGAAGUGCAAGCUACUCAAGCUUUCUUAUUGCUAACCCUUCUUCCCUCAUGUCAUACAUCCAUUACCUCUGGACUCAGGCCCUUUAGUACUAGUUCAAAAUAUACUUCUGAUUCACUUCACUGAUAAUAGAAGCAAGCAGGCUCAGCUUUUGAGCAUUACCUACAGUGGGGACAAAAAUACCCCAAGCUAAGUGAAGCUUUAGCCUCUAAGCUCAACAUGUAUGAAGCUUUGCCAGGCCCUGCUCCUGAAAAUGAAGAUGGCCUUGUGAAAGUGAAGGAGGAAGAUCCCACCUGGGAGCAGGUGUGCAACUCACAGGAGGGCAGCUCCCACACUCAGGAGAUUUGCCGCCUGCGCUUUCGGCACUUCUGCUACCAGGAGGCUCACGGACCCCGGGAAGCUCUAGCCCAACUCCGAGAACUUUGUCAUCAAUGGCUGAGACCAGAGAUGCACACCAAGGAACAGAUAAUGGAACUACUGGUGCUGGAGCAGUUCCUGACCAUCCUGCCCAAGGAGCUCCAGCCCUGUGUGAAGACAUAUCCUCUGGAGAGUGGAGAGGAGGCAGUGACAGUGCUGGAGAAUCUAGAGACAGGAAGUGGAGACACAGGACAACAGGCCUCUGUCUAUAUUCAGGGACAGGACAUGCACCCAAUGGUGACAGAAUAUCAAGGAGUCUCUUUGGAGUGUCAGAGCCUGCAGCUCCUGCUUGGGGUAACCACCCUGAAGUGUGAACCUCCACAGCUUCCUCAAGAGAACCCCCAAGAAGUGAGUGGGCCUGUUCCCCACGGAUCAGCUCAUCUCCAGGAAAAAAACCCCGGAGACAAGGCUGCAGUGUCUGUGUUUAACCCAGUCACGUCCCAGACACUGGUGAAGACUGAGGAAGAAACAGCCCAGGCCCUUGCUGCAGAGAAGUGGUCACAUCUGAGUCUGGCUCGGAGGAACCUCUGUGGGAACACAGCUCAGGAGACAGUUACGAGCCUCAGUCUGAUGACUGAAGAAAUUGUAACUAAAGAUAGAUUGUUUAAUGCAAAGCAAGAAACUUCUGAAGAAAUGGAACAAAGUGGAGAAGCCUCAGGAAAGCCCAACAGAGAGUGUGCACCCCAGAUUCCUUGUAGUACUCCUAUCCCUACUGAAAGGACAGUUGCACAUUUGAACACUCUGAAGGACCGUCACCCAGGUGAUUUGUGGGCCCGGAUGCACAUCUCAUCCUUGGAAUAUGCUGCAGGAGACAUUACCCGAAAAGGGAGAAAAAAAGACAAAGCUCGAGUGAGUGAACUGCUCCAAGGCCUCUCAUUCUCUGGUGACUCAGAUGUGGAAAAAGAUAAUGAGCCUGAGAUCCAGCCUGCUCAAAAGAAGUUAAAAGUAUCAUGUUUCCCAGAAAAGACUUGGGCCAAAAGAGACAUUAAACCCAACUUUCCAAGCUGGUCAGCACUGGAUUCUGGACUUUUGAAUCUCAAGAGUGAAAAGUUGAACCCAGUAGAGCUUUUUGAAUUAUUUUUUGAUGAUGAAACAUUCAACUUAAUUGUCAGUGAAACCAAUAAUUAUGCUUCUCAGAAAAAUGUCAGCUUGGAAGUCACAGUUCAGGAAAUGAGGUGUGUGUUUGGUGUCUUACUUUUGAGUGGAUUUAUGAGGCAUCCUAGAAGGGAAAUGUAUUGGGAAAUCUCUGACACCGAUCAAAACCUGGUUAGAGAUGCAAUCAGAAGGGACAGAUUUGAAUUGAUCUUCUCAAACCUGCAUUUUGCAGAUAAUGGCCACCUAGAUCAAAAAGAUAAGUUUACAAAGUUGAGACCUCUCAUAAAACAAAUGAAUAAAAAUUUCCUCUUGUAUGCUCCCCUGGAAGAAUACUAUUGCUUUGAUAAAUCAAUGUGUGAAUGCUUUGAUAGUGACCAAUUCCUGAAUGGAAAGCCUAUCAAAAUUGGCUAUAAAAUUUGGUGUGGUACAACCACACAGGGUUAUCUGGUUUGGUUUGAACCCUAUCAAGAAGAAUCAACUACGAAGGUAGAUGAGGAUCCUGAUCUUGGGUUAGGUGGAAAUCUAGUGAUGAACUUCGCUAAUGUUCUUUUAGAGAGAGGUCAGUAUCCCUAUCACCUGUGUUUUGAUAGCUUCUUUACAAGUGUCAAAUUGUUGUCAGCCUUGAAGAAGAAGGGGGUGAGAGCCACAGGAACAAUUCGUGAGAACAGGACCGAAAAAUGUCCCCUUCUGAAUGUAGAACAUAUGAAAAAAAUGAAGAGAGGGUAUUUCGAUUUCCGAGUAGAAGAAAACAAUGAGAUAAUUUUGUGUCGUUGGUAUGGGGGUGGCAUUAUCAGUCUGUGCUCCAAUGCUGUGGGCAUAGAACCAGUCAAUGAGGUAAGCUGUUGUGAUGCUGAUAAUGAAGGAAUCCCUCAGAUAAGUCAACCAUCCAUAGUAAAAGUGUAUGAUGAAUGCAAGGAAGGUGUAGCUAAAAUGGAUCAAAUUAUUUCGAAAUAUAGGGUGAGGAUAAGAAGCAAGAAAUGGUACUCAAUUUUGGUGAGCUACAUGAUUGAUGUGGCUAUGAACAAUGCAUGGCAACUACACAGAGCCUGUAACCCAGGUGCUUUUCUAGACCCCUUGGAUUUUCGGAGAUUUGUUGCACAUUUCUACUUGGAACACAAUGCUGAUCUGUCAGAUUAGGGCACAUAAAAUGGACAUAGUGCAGACAUUAAUAAGACAUAGAAAAAUAAUAAUUGUACAUGCUGUUGUACCCUCCCAAAGUAAAUCUGAUAUAUGUAAUGAAGUUAUUAAAUAAUACUUUAAAAAAAUCAGACAUUUAUAUAGAGUUUCAAAGACUAUUGUAACAAAUAAUGUUAAAAAUUAUCUGUGAAAAUGUUGAACUGUAGUACCUUUCUCUAUGUCGUUUUGUGUCAGACAUGGGAAAUCAUGUAUUUGUUCAAUAGACUAUUUUGUGCACUUAUUUAUUGAUUUUUUGAGACACAGUCUCGCUCUGUGGCCAGGCUGGAGUGCAGUGGCACGAUCUUGGCUCACUGCAACCUCUGACACCCUAGUUCAAGCGAUUCUUCUGCCUCAGCCUCCCAAGUAGCUGGGAUUACAGGCACGUGUUGCCAUGCCCAGCUAAUUUUUGUAUUUUUAGUAGAGACAGGGUUUCACCAUGUUGGCCAGGAUGGUCUCGAUUUGACCUUGUGAUCUGCCUGCCUCGGCCUCCCAAAGUGCUGGGAUUACAGGCAUGAGCCACCAUGCCCGCCUAUUUUGUGCAUUUAAAGAAGGAAAUCCUACCUCUUAAAAAAAAUUCUCUGGAGCAUGCCAUUUUAAAGAUGCAAGCAGUGUCAUAGUAACCAUAGAAUGGUGCUGACUCCAUAGUUCAAACUAGUGACACAGCCUAUGAAGUAAGAAUGAUCUAAACAAAACAUAGGUGGUAAGAGACUAAAAACCUUAGCAUUGGUGUAAAACUGGAUCGGAUUGUAUGUAAGUGAGAAGGGUCAGGCGUGGAUAUUGAAGGAGAGUGCUAUAAAAGAAAAACCAGAGGUGAAGCAGUGCCUUUGAAUAUUGAAAUGAUAGAUGUAUCCUAUGGUGAUUGUGUGAGUUGGCAGCAGAAGUCAGAAGAGUAAAGAAAACCAAGGAAACAUGAAGCAAAUCAGGAUAACAAGUAACCAGGAGAGUGAAGGAAAAGAUAGGCAUAAAGUCAACAUAAAGGCCAUGUUGAAAUCACCUGAGGAGAUGUCUAGGCUUAAGGUCGUCAGUGAUAGGUAACUGAAGGAGAAACACUUGGAAAAGUGGAUGAUACAGGCUGUGACUCCUUAGUGUUGAAGUCUAGUAUUGGUGGAUUAGUCUGGAGGGUAGGAAGACAGGCUCCACCUCAUUUCUGUGGGUUGUAGCCACAACAGCUCCUUGCCUUUCUUUCAUAUCCUAAUAUUUACAGUCCCUUUCCUGGCUGGAAGGCAGGUGGUCAGGUUUGAAUUCUUUCAACAGGUAUGUUUAUUAUGUGGAUGACUGGUGAAAGUGUAAGCUGCACGUAAUAUAGUCACAGAUUCACCUAUUCUAUGCAAGAUGUUCAAAGAAAAUAUAAGUUCAUUAUUUCCUGUAA